AUGCUGAAGAAGCCCCGAAGGAGUCCCACCUUUGGUAAUUUUUACAGAAUUUCCAUAUUUAGUAGGUCCACCAUUUUAAAGGAAGUUUCAACCAUGGGACUGCGAAAGUUGCCGCAAAAGAAGGGUCUACUAUUUUUGGGCAACAAUGGCACUGGCAAGUCAACUCUGUGUUCUCGUCUAAAUGGAAAAGCAACAUCCAAAAAUGGCGCAGGACUUCAGUAUCACUUUAUCGAUGUCAAAGAUGAAGCUCGCGAUGAUCAAACUAAGUUAAGCGUAUGGAUUUUAGGUGGCGAGUUUGUCUUCACUCCCCUUCUGAGAUUCGUUCUCACAAAGGAAAGCUUUUCGGAUCUUCUUGCUGUCAUUGUUGUUAGUAUGGAAGAGCCAUGGAAUAUUAUGGAGCAGCUGGAGAAGUGGGUCGAUGUCCUCUCCGAGUACAUCAAACAGCUGGAACUACCUGUUGAGGAGCUUAGCGCUCAUAGAGACAGAAUCACCCAGCAGUUCCGUGCUUAUGUCGAGCCGGAUACUCUUCUUCUGAGUCCCACUCAUACAAAAAUGGAAGCGAGUCCGGUCAAAGCGCCCUCAGCUCCAACAGGUCUUCGAUCGGUCCCCUUACACCCUGCUACGGCUGCACUCCUUAAUUUGAACGCUCCACAGCCGGCAACGGAGCCCAAGCCAGUUGAAGAAGGGGUCGAUGGCGAUGAACCGACCUUUUUGCCAAAAGUACCUACCAAUGAGGAAUUACCUAUCACUGCCGGUGCCCUAAUAAACAACCUGGGAAUUCCUCUUGUCGUGGUUGUGAAUAAGACGGACGUGAUGGAGACUCUGGAAAGGGAUCAGGGAUUCUCCGAAGAACAGUUUGACCUUAUCCAAAUGCAUAUCCGCCGUUUCUGCCUUUCUUGUGAGUGCUAUCUAGUUUUUAAGUUUUGUGCUGUUUGA